CCCGUGCUUGCGCGCGCCCUCCGAAGACGGAAGCGGAAGUGUCGGCGGCGCGCGAGUAGGAAGUGGUGGUUCUUGGGGUGGAGAUGGCCGCGCUUGCUCCGCUGCCCCCGCUGCCUCCGCAGUUUAAGAGCAUUCAGCAUCAUCUGAGGACGGCUCAGGAGCAUGACAAGCGGGACCCUGUGGUGGCAUAUUACUGUCGUUUAUAUGCAAUGCAAACUGGAAUGAAGAUUGAUAGUAAAACUCCUGAAUGUCGUAAAUUUUUAUCAAAGCUGAUGGAUCAGUUAGAAGCUCUUAAGAAACAGUUGGGUGACAAUGAAGCUGUUACUCAAGAAAUAGUUGGUUCUGCCCACUUGGAGAAUUAUGCUUUGAAAAUGUUUUUAUAUGCAGAUAAUGAAGAUCGGGCUGGGCGAUUUCAUAAAAACAUGAUCAAGUCCUUCUAUACUGCAAGUCUUUUAAUAGAUGUCAUAACAGUGUUUGGAGAACUCACUGAUGAAAAUGUGAAACACAGAAAGUAUGCAAGGUGGAAGGCAACAUAUAUUCAUAAUUGUUUAAAGAAUGGAGAGACUCCUCAAGCAGGUCCUGUGGGCAUUGAAGAAGAUAAUGACAUUGAAGAAAAUGAAGAUGCUGGAGCAACCUCUCUGCCCACUCAGCCACCUCAGCCAUCAUCUUCCACUUAUGACCCAGGCAACAUGCCAUCGAGCAGCUAUACUGGAAUACAGAUUCCUCCCGGUGCCCAUGCUCCAGCUAAUACCCCAGCAGAGGUGCCUCACAGCACAGGUGUAACAAGUAACACUAUCCAGCCUACUCCACCGGGAUCAAUUCCUGCCAUUGAUCCCGCACUUUUCAGUACAGUUUCCCAGGGAGAUAUCCGACUAACACCGGAGGACUUUGCUAGGGCUCAGAAAUACUGCAAAUAUGCUGGCAGUGCUUUGCAGUAUGAAGAUGUCAGCACUGCUGUGCAGAAUCUGCAGAAGGCCCUCAAGUUACUGACUACAGGCAGAGAAUGAAGCCUUUGUGCAACAGAUCCAUGCAUUUUUGGCUUAAAGAACUAACAGUCCAUUACUCUAUCUUCAGCCUCUCAGGGGCACAGUUUUAAGGAAGACUUCAGUUCCAUGACUAUAACAAUGAAAUCUGUGUCUGUGUAUCAGAUCCUGUUGAAGCAUUCAGCAGCAGCCUCAACCAGUUUUCAUUGUCCACUUAGUGGAUCCAGUAAUCUCUUGAGUAUAUAGGGUUGAUGUGAGCAAGAUCCUAAAAACGCCCAUUGAACCCUGCUUCUUCAAAAAAAUGAAAACAUGCUUCUAGUAAAUGUAUUGGGAAUUAGCUUUGUAUCUUAAUCUACAUAAAUUAAGGAAUUUUUUCAUCUAUAAUUUGAACAAACAGACCUUAUUACUUUGUCAUAAAAUACUAAAUUUAACUUUUAAUAAAGAUUGCCAGAAUAUUCUAGAUUAGAGCAUGUUUUUGUUUUCCUCAGGACUUACAAAACAGAUACGAAUGUCAUAAACUGUUAGAUGAAUCACAAGAUUAUGUUCAAAUUUCAAUUUAUAUUCGUAUUAAAUAUAGCUACGUUAAAAGUCAGAUUGUUCAUGGAAGGGAAUAAAAUAAGGUAAAGAGGGAGAAUCAAAUUUAGACUUAGGAAUAAUGUUGGUUUCCCAGCUGUUUUCCCUAUCCAUUGAUGCUUAAGGUGAAUUGGUAUUUGCUUCAUAGGCAGUUUGACUGCAUGUAUUAGAGAAUGAAAACAAAAUGUUUGUAGUAAUGCCUGGAAACUUGGUGCUUUGAGUUAAGGUUCUCCUCUGCUGCUAUGGAAUGGAUUCCAUAGAAUGUAUGUCUUUGAAUGAUGCAAAAGAUUAUAAGAAAAUUAAUUCUCAGUUGUUAAGUUUAUAAGUUUUGUGGGAAAUUAUGGACUUACUCUGUCACCUUCAUUUGUGCUGUGUAAAAAAUAAAUAUAAGCAUUCUUUUAACUAGUUCAGUGUAUUACAGAGGCAGAUGUUUUGUGUGCUAAAAUUGUCACUAUUUUAAAGUCUUUUUUUUUUUAAAGAGCAAUUUGGCAGAUUU